GGGGGCGCUGCUGGACCGGCCGGGCAGCGAACUACAGCUCCCAGCAGCCCCCGCGGCGGCCGGAAGCGGCGGCGACGCUGUUGCUUGGAGAAGCGGGGGGGCGUGUAACCGCCUGAGAGCGCGAGCCGGUGGACGGUCUGUGGGAACCAUUGGCUGAUGCACACAGCGAGUCCUCUGGCUGCUUCCUGACAUCUCUCUCCUCCUGUCACCUGUGAAGUAAAAGUGACGUCCGCUUGUUGAUUGCAGCUGCAGAGCCGUGGCCGAGAUGUCUGAGGGACCUUCCAGGAUCUCGGGACCCAUCCCUCCCGACCCCACGCUGUUCCCGGAUUAUUACAAACGCCCCCUGUCAGCUCGAGGGAGGCUGGAAGGGAAUGCCUUGAAGCUGGACUUCUUCUCUGGCCCUCUAGCCCCAGAUCCCAGCCUGUACCCCACCUGCUACAGUGCCCGCCCUGCCCAUCCUGCCCCGCGUAUCCGCCCCAAUGGUCAGGACAUCCUGGAGAAGGGGCAGAAGGGGACGGUCGGGGUCUUGCUGAAGCUGGAGGGGAUCUCUCUCUACAGGGAGCCUCCCCUGAAAAGGAAAGAGGCCAAGGACCAUGAGAAGGAGAACGUGAGGCGGAUGAGGGAGAUCCAGAGGAAAUGCAAGGAGAAGGAGCUGGCGCGGGAGCACAGCCAUCCCAAACCCAUGAAGGCCCUGUGGAAAUCCCAGAAGUAUGAGAAUGUGGAGUCCAAGGUGAAGGCCAAGCUGCAGGAGAGCUCUCCCCCCCGCAACCCAGAGACUCAGAAAUUCCUCCGGGCGUAUUCCCGCUGCGGCUCCGGGGUCCAGCCACGCCGGUCGCUGUCGCCCAGCCCUGCCAAAACGAGAGCGGUGACAGACACAGAGGCUGCAGGAGCACCGCACACUGAUGCCAAGAUCCAGGUAGAAGGCACCAGUGUCGACUUCGUCAGCCACAAUGCCCGCACCGCCAAGCGGGCCCCUAUGCGGCGCUCGCGCUCGCUACAGUCACUGGCCGAGGUGCUGGAGCAGAAGCGCCGAGAGCAGGAGGAGUACAACGCCAAGCAGAAGGGCCACGUGCCCCAGUACCUGCUGGAGCGGAAGGAUCACUGGCGCAGGGAGAUGGAGGAACGGCAGCGAAACCUGCCCGACCCUGACAUGCCACCAGGUCACACCAUGAUGCCAGAGAGCGAGCGGCUGGAAACCCUCAUCAACCUGAAGCAGAGCCAGGAGCAGCUGGUGAAGGACCUUGUGAUGCUGCCGGUGCGGGCCGACACCCUGAGCAUUCAGAAGAGGCGGGUGGAGCUGGAGAAGAAGCUGUCGCAGAUCGAUGAGGCCCUGAAAAUCUUCUCCCGGCCCAAGGUCUUCAUCAAGCUGGACUCCUGAGAGAGGGGGGUGGUUGUGCUGUGCUUGGAUCUGCCACUCUGCUGCGGGGGCUCCUGGUCACUUCGCUCUGUGGGUUGGGGGGGAGGGAAACCAAACUCAAUCUGCUUCCACUGGCUGCUGCAGCAGCUCCUGCGUUGGGGAUUCCCAGAGCCCAGCCCAACGCCGCACAGCCAAGCUGGCCCCCGGCAGAGGGCAGCUGGGCCCUUGUGGGUCACAACACCAAACGAACCCAAGGGGUGCUGCCAGGUACCAUUGUCUUCAAGGCAGCGCCCCAGCCUCUGACUGGUGCGGGGCUCCUGAGGGGCAGACUGGCCAAUGGCACCUUCUGUGCAGCGUUGCUUGGAAAGCUGCAGGCCCGGUGCUGCUCAGCUGCCUCUCUGCCACUCUGUGCGACUGGGCUUACCAGCCUCUCACUUACAUGGAGUGAUGGUUUGUGGGGAAAAAGGAGGAGCAGCCAUUCCUGUGCUGCUCUGCCCGGCACCCCCUCUCCGGCCCGCCUUCCUCCCAGGUUGGAGCUGGGAGCCACAGUGGACGUUUGGAGGGAAAUCCUUUAAGGCGGGAGAUCGGCAGCUCUACGGCUUGGGAGAGUCUGAGCGUAACCCUGCAGCACCCCACUGCUGGGGAGGGUGUGACACAGCCGGGCCUGAGAGCCAGCUCCCUGCCAGCCCAGGCUGGACCUCUGCCCGGUGCUUCUCUGGCCUGGCCACCCCGCCCCUGCAGCCCUCUGUCAAAGGCCUGGGCCGAGGGGCAGCCCUGCAGCCGUGGCUUGUCCCACCUGCUAGGGAUGCUUGGUAGGCUAAGACUAGCAAAGGGGCAGAGUAACCAGGUGCGGGGAUCCUGUCCCUGCUGGCAGGGAGCUGGCACUGGGGACUUGGGGGGAGCUUGGGAACCCUUCUGGGGAUGUGUUGGACAGCUUUUAAAUAAAGGGUUUUGUAGGUA